AGGGCCCCGCGGGGCGGCGACGGGUCUCGGGAGGAGAAGGCGACCCCGCCUCCCACCCUGUACGUGCAGCUCCACGGAGAGACCACCCGGCGGCUGGAGGCGGACGAGAAGCCGCUGCAGAUCCAAAAUGACUACCUCUUCCAGCUGGGCUUCGGGGAGUUGUGGAGGGUGCAGGAGGAAGGCAUGGACGCGGAGAUCGGCUGCCUCAUCCGCUUCUAUGCAGGAAAGCCUCACAGCACUGGCGGCUCGGAACGGAUCCAGCUCUCAGGGACGUAUAAUGUCCGCAAAGGCAAAAUGCAGCUGCCAGUGAACCGGUGGACAAGACGCCAAGUCAUCCUGUGUGGGACCUGCCUGAUAGUAUCAUCAGUGAAAGACAGCGUGACCGGAAAGAUGCACGUUCUGCCACUCAUUGGUGGGAAAGUAGAAGAAGUAAAAAAGCACCAGCACUGUUUAGCGUUUAGCUCUUCUGGACCCCAAAGCCAGACCUACUACAUUUGUUUUGAUACUUUCACAGAGUAUUUAAGGUGGCUUCGACAAGUCUCCAAGGUUGCAUCGCAGCGCAUUAGCUCAGUGGACCUCUCGUGUUGUAGCCUGGAGCAUCUGCCUGCCAACCUUUUCUACAGCCAAGACCUCACUCAUCUCAAUUUAAAGCAGAACUUUCUAAGGCAAAACCCCAGCCUACCAGCUGCCAGAGGGCUUGAUGAACUGCAAAGGUUCACCAAGUUGAAGAGUCUUAACCUUUCCAAUAAUCAUUUAGGGGACUUCCCGUUAGCAGUGUGCAGUAUUCCAACCCUGACAGAGCUGAACGUGUCCUGCAAUGCCCUGAGAGCCGUUCCGGCCACCGUCGGAGUUAUGCACAACUUGCAGACAUUGUUGUUGGAUGGAAAUUUCCUCCGGUCACUUCCUGCUGAGUUGGAGAACAUGCACCAGCUUAGUUACCUGGGUCUGUCUUUCAACGAGUUCACUACCAUUCCAGGGGUAUUAGAGAAAUUGACUGCUGUGGAGAAACUUUGUAUGUCCGGAAACUGUGUAGAGACUCUGAGGCUACAGGCUCUAAGAAAAAUGCCUCACAUUAAGCAUGUGGACCUAAGAUUGAACAUCAUUAAGAAGUUAAUAGCAGAUGAAGUGGACUUUCUCCAGCAUGUCACUCAACUUGACCUGCGUGACAAUAAACUUGGUGAUCUAGAUGCUAUGAUUUUCAACAACAUUGAAGUGUUGCACUGUGAAAGGAACCAACUGGUGACAUUGAAUGUCUGUGGCUAUUUGCUGAAAGCCCUCCAUGCCUCUUCUAAUGAACUUGUCCAACUUGAUGUUUAUCCAGUUCCAAGUCAUCUGUCCUACAUGGAUAUUUCAAGGAAUCGUUUAGAAAACGUGCCUGAGUGGAUAUGUGAAAGCCGAAAGCUGGAAGUUUUGGAUAUUGGCCAUAAUCGGAUAUGUGAGCUGCCUACACGCUUAUUCUGUAACAGCAGUCUCCGGAAACUCCUGGCGGGACACAACCAGCUCACACGACUGCCUGAGAGGCUGGAGAGGACCUCGGUGGAGGUCUUAGACGUGCAACACAACCAGCUCCUUGAACUGCCGCCUAGCCUCUUCAUGAAGGCUGACAGCCUGAGGUUCCUGAAUGCGUCUGCAAACAAGCUGGAAACUCUUCCGCCAGCCACACUUUCUGAAGAGAUGAGCAGCAUCUUACAAGAGUUGUAUCUGACAAACAACAGCCUCACCGAUAAGUGUGUGCCCUUGUUAACAGGGCACCCCCAUCUGAAGAUUCUCCACAUGGCCUACAACCGACUUCAGAGUUUCCCAGCAAGUAAAAUGGCAAAACUGGAGGAACUUGAGGAAGUGGAUGUCAGCGGGAAUAAACUGAAAGCCAUCCCGACCACCAUCAUGAGCUGCCGGCGCAUGCACACCGUGAUUGCGCACUCCAACUGCAUUGAAGUCUUUCCGGAAGUCAUGCAGCUGCCGGAAAUUAAGUGCGUGGAUCUGAGCUGCAAUGAGCUCGGCGAAGUCAUGUUGCCAGAAAACCUGCCCCCAAAACUGCAAGAGUUAGACCUGACUGGAAACCCCAGACUCACCCUCGAUCACAAAACCCUGGAACUGCUCAAUAACAUCCGCUGUUUCAAGAUUGACCAGCCGUCAGCAGGAGACGCCUCCGGGGCCCCAGCAGUAUGGAGCCACGGUUACACUGAAGCUUCCGGAGUGAAAAACAAGUUGUGCGUUGCAGCCCUGUCAGUGAACAACUUCUGCGACAACCGGGAGGCCCUGUAUGGCGUGUUUGAUGGAGACCGCAAUGUGGAGGUGCCCUACCUUCUCCAGUGCACCAUGAGUGACGUUCUGGCAGAAGAGCUGCAGAAGACAAAGCAUGAAGAGGAGUACAUGGCCAACACGUUCAUUGUCAUGCAGAGGAAACUUGGCACUGCUGGGCAGAAACUCGGAGGCGCUGCUGUCCUUUGUCAUAUCAAGCAUGACCCUGUGGACCCAGGUGGGUCUUUCACCUUGACCUCAGCUAAUGUGGGCAAGUGCCAGACGGUUCUCUGUCGGAAUGGGAAGCCAUUGCCUCUGUCCAGAUCGUACAUCAUGAGCUGUGAGGAAGAACUGAAGAGGAUCAAGCAGCACAAGGCCAUCAUCACGGAGGACGGCAAGGUGAACGGCGUGACCGAGUCCACCCGCAUCCUGGGCUACACCUUCCUGCACCCCAGCGUGGUGCCUCGCCCCCACGUGCAGUCGGUGACGCUGACCCCCCAGGACGAGUUCUUCAUCCUGGGCAGCAAGGGCUUGUGGGACAGCCUGUCCGCCGAGGAGGCCGUGGAGGCCGUGCGCCACGUGCCCGACGCCCUGGCCGCCGCCAAGAAGCUGUGCACACUGGCGCAGAGCUACGGCUGCCGCGACAGCAUCAGCGCGGUGGUGGUGCAGCUCAGCGUCACCGAGGACGGCUUCUGCUGCUGCGAGCUCGGCGCCGGCGGCCCGGGGCCCCCGCCCAGCCCGGGCCUCUACCCGCCGGCGGUCCACGUGGCCAUCAAGGACCGGGCCCCCGACGGGCUGGGCGUGCCCUCCUCCAGCAGCGGCAUGGCCUCGGAGAUGAGCAGCGAGCUCUCCACCUCGGAGAUGAGCAGCGAGGUGGGCUCCACGGCCUCGGACGAGCCCCCGCCCGGCGCGCUGACCGAGAGCGGCCCCGCGUGCCCCGGCGAGCAGCGCUGCGUGCUGCACCCCGUGUGCCUGCCCACCUCCUUCCAGCGCCAGCUGUCCAGCGCCACCUUCUCCAGCGCCUUCUCGGACAACGGGCUGGACAGCGACGACGAGCAGCCCAUCGAGGGCGUGUUCAGCAACGGCAGCCGGGUGGAGGUGGAGGCGGACGUGCACUGCAGCCGCGCCAAGGCGCGCGAGCCGCCGCAGGGCCUGCCGCAGGCGCCGGCCGAGGCCAGCGACGAGGGCAUCGUCAUCAGCGCCAACGAGGACGAGCCAGGCCUGCCCAGGAAGGCGGACUGCGCAGCAGGGGGCGCCGCGGGGCGCCGGAGGCCCAACGGCUCGGUCGCGCCCCAGGAGAGGAGCCACAACGUGAUCGAGGUGGCCAUGGACGCGCCCCUCCGAAAGCCUGGCGGCUACUUCGCGGCCCCCGCGCAGCCGGAUCCCGAGGACCAGUUGAUCAUUCCCCCGGAGCUGGAGGAGGAGGUCAAGGAGAUGAUGAAGCAUCACCAGGGCCACUGUGGGACUCAAGGGGGUCAGCGUAGAGGAGAAAAGGCUGCACUCAUGAAUGAGACCAUGCGUGAGACUCAGCUGCUGCUGCUGCCCCCACUGCGGUUGCUGGAGCUGCUGGUGGAGGCCGGCGGAAUGGGUGGACUGGUGGUGGCAGCGGCGAAGGCUCAGAGGGCCGAGGACGGAGCAGAGCAGGAAGCCCCGCCCAUGUCCCACCCAGCUGAGCAGAAGGAGUAG